GCAAGAUCAAGUGGUUCGUGGGGCAGAUGAUGGCGCGCAGUGCGGAGGGGACGGUGGAGCCUGCUGCCGCCGAAGCGGUGCUGAGGGAAGUAUUGCGCCUGCCUCCUGUGGAGCAGAAAUAAGAUCCUAGAAUCGACCCAAUAGUCCUAAUACCAAUCCAACGAGUCAACGUGUAGCUAAGAGUAGCAGCCGCUGAGCCAAUGUGACGACGUCCGUUUGCACUGCUCCACUGCCAUCCCCAACAGUUUCCUUGGUGGACCGCGGAUGCAGCCAACGUGCUCGCACGCAAUGCUAACACUUGCGCGCGGUGUAGUUGUACGGUCUGUCGUCGGUGCGGUCGUCUCUACAAGCUCAACAAUACAUGCCCGUCGCCUUGACGCUUUCUUCUCCCUCUGUCCGCCCGCCUCGCCGUGCCAUGUCGGACACUCCACCACCAGCUCCAGCUCUUCCGCAGCGCCAGGGACAGAGUCACAUUCGGAUCCACCGUCAGAUCCAGAGCCAUAGCCAGAGGCAAAGAUACAAUCAGACCCAAAACGCCAAUCCUCGCCGCAUCAUCCCCCACCACUUCGCACCCACCCACGCCUCGUACCCAUACCUCGCCGAACAAGACCUCGCCGCCCACCGCCUCUAUACAGAGAUCUUGCGUCUCCUCAUCAGCCGCAGACCGCGCACGCUGCACAUCCGACAGCGGUACGCGGACGCUAUUUGUCCUCGGCGGCAAGGCAACGCUGCGAGGGUCCGGGAGCGGUACGGCGAAUGUAAAGUCGUGCUGGGCGCGGUGGUGUUGGAUUUGGAAGUGGGAUUUGAGGUGGACGAGGUUGAGGAAGGGAUGGGCGAUAGAGACAUGGAAGGGGAAGGGCGAGAGCAGGGGAAGAAGAGGAGUUGUGUUGAGCGGAGGCGGUGGCUUGAGGGGAUGGAGAGGAGGAUUGGGUUGCGACGGGGGGUGUAUGGCCAGCUCCAAGAUAUGAAUGAGGUGCAAGAGAUGCCAGCAUUGCAAAGGAUGAGAGGGAGAAGCGAGCCCUUUCAGGAGCGUGAGAUGGUGGGGAGAGCGCGGGAUGAGGAGACGGGCACGGAGUAUGCGGCCAUUGCUGCGGGGGAGGGGAUGCUGCAUCCCGGGGUUCCCGCGUCGUCGAGAGCGGGACCUUGUCAAAUGCCUGCGCAGCGGAAAGAAGACGGACAGGAACGGGAUCGACGAGCGGAAACGAGAUUCCGCGACCAAGUGUCUGUUGCGCGCUCUGCAAGCAGGGAGAGCACGAAUCCAUCUACUCGGUCGAUGGGAGCCUCUCCGACAUUGACAAUUCAGAGUAUGUCCACAACGAAGGCCGUCGUUUCAAUGGGGCGUUCAAAGGUACCAUUUACGCAGCCAAAGCACAGCAUAUCCGCGAGAAAGGCCAAUGCUCCAGGAACCGCAAUGCACAGCACCUCCACGAUAAAUGCCAUUGUCCUGAGUGAGCGGUCGGUGCAGACUCUCACGGGACCGACACCGCCCAGCUUGUUCAAGAGCAUGAAGUAUAUGGUGUCCGGGUCGAAAUAUCUCAAGCGGGAAAUGGCUCUCCGAGGGAGCGGCCAGAAAAAGCUGCAAAAGAGAAGGAGCCCUUGCCCAGACGCGAGUGUGCCAUCAAACUCUUCCUCGAGCCGCUCCGCAGAUGCGAGGAUGCCGUUCACUUCUACCUCUGUCAAGUCGCGGGGAACGACGAGUGGCCUGCCGAAUGAAAUCGCAGCUGGGUCAUUUGGAGCGCGUCCUCCCACGGAGGAAAAGGAAAUCAAGGAGAAAUGGUGGUCCACCCUGUUUAGCUCGAAACCUCGCUCACAUGGUCCUAAUCCAGGACCUGGCCCUUGGAAUAAGAAUGCACCAUGGCCCUUGGAUCCACAGCAGCCACCUGUAGAACCUCGAUCUGGGUGGGAAGGCGGCCCCGUGUGCGAUGGGCGUGUUGGCUAUGCGCCUGCGCCGUCGUCGGUGGCGCAGCGCAAUGAUGGCGAGGCGUCGGAGAGGAGCUUUGGACAGACUUGCGGGCCUGAAUGUGAGUCUUGUCGAACUACGACACAGGUGAAAGAGAUUGCUGCGCAUCGAACGAGCCUUGAGGAGGAACCUGCAAAUAAAGCACCGUGGAUAAGGGUUAAGGACCCUGCGAACAAAGCGCCGCUACCAAGUCUUCAGCAGCCUCGAAUGAAGAAGCCUUUAUCACCUUUAUGCCAGCCUCCGAUGACAACACCUGCUAUCUUGGUCACCAGCCCUUCACCUCUCAGGACCAAUGUCGGAUACCCCCCGACUAAAUUCCACAAUUAUCAAGCCGACAGACUCGCUGUAGCACGCUCUGCGCUACCCAGGACACCUGGGCAUGGCGUCGUGGAGCCGCUUGCGCCUCAACUGAGGAGUAUUCUUGAAGAUAUGAAUUCGAAGCCUAACCCCUGUUCGCCGCCCAGGUUGAACGGCGUAGUCGUCGACGAAGAAGCCAUCUGGAUACAAUGUUCCGAGCGGCUCGAUUAUGUUUCUGACAUCGCCGCUACAGAGGCGAGGGAGAGAAUCCGCAGGGCGAGGGCUCAAAGAGUUGCACAGGAGGCUGUUCGCGCCCACAACUUGAAGGAAAGAAGUUCCGCUAUGGCGCAAGAGGAAAUGAGCACGUUCACAGAAAGAAGAAUUACGCCCAAGCCGGUGGAGAGCGUACCCAGCUUGAGGGUCUUCACUACAGAGACAGCGGGCAGAGCACACCUAAAGCGCGUGAGUGUGGCAAAUGUGGAUUGCAGGAGUGUCGCGGGGCGAAGGGAGGUGCCGCCGCGGAGGCAGAAUGUGGAAGCCACGAACGUCACAGGGAGGAAAGCGAUGCUACUACAAAAGCAGGAGCAGCCACACGAAAAUCCUGUUAUCGCAAUCCGGGGCCUCAAUACGGCCAUACUUGAUCUCAGUGUUGCAGCGAGGGGAGCCGCAACACGUCCGGAGAUUGCGGCCGGCGCAUCUACAGGACAUCUUGUACAAAAACCGCUCAACACACCAUGGGAAGCAGUGUGGCACCGCGACAUCCCCGUUCCCUUUCUUCAAGGCCUCUCCCAAUCGCCGGGCACCGAUUCGCGCGCCCCGUCGGUGCCAUACUCGCUUUCAAACGCGGUGGCAGAGGCCGAAGCUCGUGAACAGUUGCACAGGCCAUCACCUGGCGAGAUAAUGAGGCUCCGGGAGGGUCUCCUGGCGAAGAGGGGAAAGCUGGUGUAUGGGGCAAAUGGGCAGAGAUCGAGCAUGGAGGCGAUUGUCGAGGACGGGAUGGCGAGGUUCGACUCUGCUAUGGGUAUGAAUGAAGCUCAGCUUCAGGAAGGGGUGAAGAUAAGGAUGGAGGGUGGGUGUGCGCCUUGAUGGAUAUAAGCCUGCAGCGUUUCAUGAGUGAUGACUUUUGAUGAAGGAUGGGGGCAUUGUACGGUGGCGUUGGGUGAUCCUUGGUGAAAUCUGUUCACAGUGUUGACUCUUCUGUUAUGGACGGACAUAUCUUCUCUACAGUUGAAUAGGCUAUAGUUUCAUUGUACAAGACAACUAU